AGUGGACUCGCCGUCAGUGCGCACCGACCGCGUUUUACACACACGCUCUCGUCUCGCUCCGCCGCCGCCGCCGCCACACACAAUAUUUGUUUAUAAUAAUAUAAUAUAGUUUCGCGACGUCAGUUCGGUUUCGUUUUCGCGAUUUAUUUAUAAUAAUAUUAUUGUUCCGAGUUUCGUGACGUCGCCGAGUGUGUUACGCGAUUUACUGCAAUAACGGUUUUAACAGUCGAUCCGGUGGCCGCGACGGUAUUAUAAUAUAUUUGGUGUAUUAUAAUCUCGUGUUCACCAAGUUCGGACGGACUUACGGCGCCGGUCGCGUUCAGGACAUGUGCUGUUGAUGACUCCGGUCGCGGAUAGCAUGAAAUCCAUAGCGUUGUUGCGCACCACCACCAACAACAACAAGAGUUGUUACUACGGCGGUUACCCGACCGAUCUGAGCGGUUACGCCGCGGCCUCUAGGUGCCGAUCGCCCCGGAGCCCGGUGGCCGACGACACGGACGACAUAAGCGUCGGCAGGCCGUCGCCGCCAGCGUCGGCCGAGUGUUACGCCCGGCUGCACGACGACGGUGGCGGUCAUGGGUCCGAUACGUCGUCGUCCGGCGGCGGUUCCGAUUACUUCGAACCGCUGAAGAAGUUGGGCACGGUGCAGAUCGACAAGGUGAGCUACGGCAUUAGCGAUCGCAAGAGCUAUGCGCCCAAGCGUCGGGCGCACAGACAACACCAGCAGCAUCAGUUGUUGUUGUCGCCGCCCCCGCCUCCUGUGCAGCUUGACGGUUGCCCGGCGUCCGGUCGCGUCGACAUGAUGACGAUGACGGCCACCACGCAGCAAGGUGGCCGGACCAUCCCCAGUUCGUCGGCCGUCACCGAGGACGUGCAGCCGGCGGCCGGCGUCAAGUCGUUCAGUAUCGCCGACAUACUCAGUCAUGAACCGUCGUCGGCGGGCGGCAAACAACCGUCGGCCACAGGCGCCGAAGACGGGGCCAAGAUCGUCAGGCCCUGGGCCGAGGAGUACCAGCCGCCGUGCAGCUCGUUCGUGCAUCCUCCGCCACCUCCUCCGCCUCCCGCUCACCGACAGCCCGUCGUCGGUGCCCUGUUCCCGCACUCGCUGUUCAUACAGCACCUACAGCACCAGCAGCAACAGCAGCAGCAACACCACCACCAUCACCAGCAGCACCAGCAUCACCACCAGCACCGACCAAAGUCUGCUGACUACGAGACGUCCACGUGCACCAGUGGCAGGUCCAGCACGGACGGAAGCGAGUGUUGCACCAGCCCGGAAAUAGCGAGUUGCACCCAGUCGAACCCUUCGUCGUCGUCCGCGGCCGCGGCCAGAAAGCAGCAAGCGGCCGGCAAGAACAAUGACAACUCGUCGCCGCUGGAUGCGCUGUUCCAGAUGACCAGCAAGACGUUCGAUCAACUGCACGGCGACCCGUCCGGAGCCGAUACCAGUUCCAGUCAUCUGAACCUGUUCAACUCGCGGUCCCAGCCCAAGAAGAAGCGCAAGUCCCGCACCGCAUUCACCAACCACCAGAUUUUCGAACUGGAGAAGCGAUUCCUCUACCAGAAGUACCUGUCGCCGGCCGACAGGGACGAGAUCGCGUCCAGCCUGGGCCUGACCAACGCACAGGUCAUCACGUGGUUCCAGAACCGCCGGGCCAAGAUGAAGCGCGACUACGAGGAGCAGAAGAAGGACCGGGAGACGUUGGCCGCGCUCAGCGAGCACAAGAUAUUCUUGGAGACGGCCCAGAACAUGGGAAUACUCAAGAAGAAACCACAACCGGCUUUGGCGGUGGCGGCCGCGUGUGGUUCGCCCACCGAUCACCUGUUGCAGCAACAGCAACAGCCGGUUAAGUACGACGAAUGAGCUGCUCGUUGGUUAUCGCGAGUGUGUAUUACACAUUAAAGUAUUAAAUGUAAUAUUCUCUAUUAAAUGCGUCGUCGUCGUCGUCGGUAAAAUCUGUAUAGCAGUCGAGUCUUCAACAGCUGCCCCAUAUACAGCACACGAUCUAUGUUUAGUCUGUAAUAAUUUUAUAAUUAUUAUAAAUAGUUAAUAAAAAAAAAAAUGAAUAACGUUCCUCGUAGGUUUUCUUACUUUUCUGAUAAAAAAAAUUCAAUCUUAAUAAUAUAAGCCUCCCCGAAGACGUAUAGUUAUCGAAAAGACGAUACCUUCUAUCACCUGCGCCCAUCGCCCGUGGCCGGGUAGACAAUGAUAUUGAGAUCUCAUUUUCUUUUUUUUUGCAUAAUAAUAUCGUAGUAAGUAGACCUAACCUAACGAUAUCGGCUUGUGAAAAUGUAAUGUUCCACGUACCAACAUGUAGUGCUUACUGCUAAGUAUUUAUUUUCCGAUCGGCGGGGGACAAGAA